AUGACCAGCUCCAUUACCCUGCUCCUCGGGGCAAUCCUGCUCGCCGCGGGCCUCGCGACGGCGCAGACCCCCACGCCGAGGCAGCCGCCGGCGACGGCGGCGGAGGCGCCCGCGCCGGACCCGGGCUGCAACGGCAUCCAGCUCAACUACAACCUGCAGAGCCGGACCAAGAUCCGCCCCUUCGUCCCCGACCAGACCAAGCAGCCCUACUCCUUCAAGGCCAACUUCUCCGUCGUCAACGGCGGCACGCGCCCGCUCAGGUCCUGGGCGAUGCUCGUCACCUUCGCCCACGACGAGAUCCUCGUCGGCGUCGACGGCGCCGUGCUCACGGCCGGGGCCGAGCUGCCCUACAACACCACCGCCGACGCCGGCAACGCCACCUCCUUCUCCGGCUACCCGCAAACCGACCUCCUCACACCCAUCGCCACCGCCGGGGACAUCUCGCAGAUCCAGGCCUCAGUCGGCCUGCUCGGCACGCUCUUCGCCGGGCCCAUCGGGAAAGUCCCCGUCACGCUCCCCACCGCGCUCUCCCUCGACGACCCGGACUACGCCUGCCCGCCGGCCACCAACAUCACCGCCACCGUCCUCUCCACCUGCUGCCUCCUCACCCCAAAAGCCCUGGCCAACGCCACCGCCCCCUCCCCCAACCCCACCGACCCCACCAAGGCCUUCCUCCCGCGCGGCACCGGCGACCUCGUCAUCACCUACGACGUCAUCCAGGCCUACCCGACCAGCUACCUCGCGCUCGUCACCAUGGAAAACAACGCCAAGCUCGGCCGCCUCGACAACUGGCGCCUCUCCUGGGAGUGGCGCCGGGGCGAGUUCAUCUACUCCAUCAAGGGCGCAUACACCACAAAGAAGGACGCCAGCGACUGCGUCUACGGCGCCGCGGGGCAGUACUACCAGAGCACCGACUUCUCGCAGGUCCUCAACUGCCAGAAGAAGCCCGUCAUCAUCGACCUGCCGCUCUCCCGCUACAACGACACCCAGAUGGGCAGGAUCGAACACUGCUGCAGGAACGGCACCAUCCUGCCCAAGUCCAUGGACGCCGCCCAGUCCAAAUCCGCAUUCCAGAUCCAGGUCUUCAAGAUGCCGCCCGACACCAACAGGACCAAGCUCUUCCCGCCGGCCAAUUUCAAGAUCGCCGGCGGCUCCUCGCUCAACCCGGACUACACCUGCGGCCAGCCGAUGCCCGUCAGCCCCACCGGCUUCCCCGACCCCAGCGGGCUCGACUCCACCACCCUCGCCGUCGCGACGUGGCAGGUGGUCUGCAACAUCACCAAGCCCAAGGACGCCAAGCCCAAGUGCUGCGUCACCUUCUCCGCGUUCUACAACGACUCGGUGAUCCCCUGCAACACCUGCGCCUGCGGCUGUCCGGCCAACCGGCGCGGUCCUACCUGCAGCACCACUGCUCAGUCCAUGAUCCUGCCACCAGAAGCCCUGCUCGUGCCGUUCGACAACCGCACACUGAAAGCCCAGGCCUGGGCCGAGCUGAAGCACUACAACGCUCCUCGGCCGAUCCCCUGCGGCGACUACUGCGGCGUCAGCAUCAACUGGCAUGUAUCCUCAGACUUCAGCAAAGGAUGGAGCGCCCGGGUGACGCUGUUCAACUGGGGGGACGUCGACAUGGCCAACUGGUUCGCCGCCAUGGUCAUGGACAAGGCGUACGACGGGUUCGAGAAGGCAUACUCGUUCAACGCCACGGCGGUGGGCAACGACACCGUGUUCAUGCAGGGCCUCGAGGGGCUCAACUACCUUGUGAAGCAGACCAACAUGAGCGGGACGGACUAUCUCGUGCCGGGGAAGCAGCAAUCGGUCCUCUCGUUCGACAAGAAGCUCACUCCUUCGCUCGAUGUCAUCGCCGGAGAAGGGUUCCCGACAAAGGUCUUCUUCAACGGCGAGGAGUGUGCCAUGCCACAGAGGUUUCCGAUCAAAAGCGGAUCCAGUACACGUCUCAGCAGCUCCCUUGCCUUGGUAUUGCUCCUGGCUGCAUCUUCGGCCUUCCUAUUGCUGCAGCAAUGAUCUUGGUGCCACCUCCCAUUCUUUGAUUCUUUCAAAUGGUUCAGUGGACGCCAUUUGUAAGAGGAAACCUUUUUGUUUCUGGUGAAUUACUAGUAGAUCUCAAGAGAGGCCAGGGUGCUGGUGUUGCAGGAUCGCAACAUAGCCGUAGGUUCCUUCCCUUUCUGGUGAAAGAGUAGUCUUGUUUACACCAAUGUUGGUGUAAUUGUGAGAAUUUUUCAUGUUUAGUUUUUGUAAUAUACAGAAUAUACCAUGUGAAAUUUAUUGA